AUGUCAUCCCUCCUGAAAAGUAGAUUUUCCGAUUUAUCUAGUAAAGUUCGGGAAUCAUAUCCGAUCAAAGAGAUUACUCCUAAGGAACUUCACUCUUCACUCGAUCUCUCUUCACCCGCAUCCAAAACGAAUCCUAUAAUCAUCGAUGUAAGGGAGAAGGACGAACAAUUAAGAGGAAUUAUACCAACAGCCAUACCAUUGCCACGUGGCGUUUUAGAAAGAGAUGUUGAGAGAAAAGUGGUUAGUGUGAACGAAAUCAAUUCUUCUGAAAAUAGUAGGAAUGUGGUCGUCUAUUGUGCCGGGGGGUUGAGAAGCAUUAUGGCUGCAGAAAGUUUGAUUAGAUUGGGAUAUAAAAAGGAGAAUGUUAGCAGUCUGAAAGGUGGAUACGACGAGUGGAAGGAGAGUGGUUUUGAGGUAGAAGAUUAUGAAACUUCACAAAAAGUCUGA